AGUGGUCCCAGCUCGGGUUAUUGUGUGUGGGUAAUGGAGAGGCCCAGCGCUUCUAGAGACUAGGACUUUGUAGAAGAGAGAGCUGAGUGCUUGGACAGGUUGGUGGUGCUCUUUAAGCCUAGGUAGCCACUUAACUGAGGACUGGCUAUGUAGUAACAGGGUAGUAACAGGGUAAAUUGGAUAAUGUUUGUGUGAAGUUUUAGAGGCAGUCGCAGUGCCGGGGUGCUUGACAAAGUGUGGAGUGGAUCUGAAUAGGUGGCCUGAGGUCUGUUCUUGUCUCGCCAUGUAACCCGUGGGGCCCUAGCAUUUGGUGGAGGUGGCCAUGGGGAAGCGAUACUUCUGUGAUUACUGUGACCGCUCCUUCCAGGACAACCUCCACAACCGGAAGAAGCACCUAAAUGGGCUGCAGCACCUCAAGGCCAAGAAAGUGUGGUACGACAUGUUCCGAGAUGCAGCUGCCGUCUUGCUGGAUGAACAGAACAAGAGACCUUGCAGGAAAUUCCUGCUAACAGGCCAGUGCGACUUUGGCUCCAACUGCAGAUUUUCCCACAUGUCAGAACGAGACCUGCAGGAACUGAGCAUCCAGGUGGAAGAGGAGAGGCGGGCCAGAGAGUGGCCACUGGAGACUGCUGAGCUUCCUGAGGGUCACCUGGAGGACUGGCUGGAGAAGAGAGCCAAGAGGCUGAGCUCAGCCCCGAGUAUCAGGGCGGAACCCAUCAGAACCACUGUCUUCCAGUACCCUGUGGGCUGGCCACCAAUGCAGGAGCUGCCCCCCUCCCUGCGGGCACCCCCUCCUGGAGGAUGGUCCCUACAGUCCAGAGUCCAGUGGGGCUAAGCUCUUCUCCC